GUGAUUUUAGGCAGAAUCAUUGUUCAAAAUAUACAUGCAUGUGACUAGUUCUCUGACUCUCUCCUCUUUCUCCCUGAGUAUCUUUUGUUCUCUGUCAAUAAUGGCGUCCUCCAAACACCCUUUGGGUGCAGAAGGAAGUAGCAGCAGUGAGUCAGGCUGGACAACGUACAUUGCCUCUCCCAUGGAAGAAGAAGAAGAUGUUGAAUGCACUGACGAUCAAAAGAGUGGUGACGAUGAUGAUGAUGAUAAGCGUAACAGCACAAACCACAACUAUGUGAAGAAGAAAAAUGACGAUGAUGACAGUGAUGAUUCUUUGGCUUCUGAUGCUUCUUCAUCCGGCUCAAGUCAUCGUCAUCAAACACCUUCUCGCGGUCAAGGUAGUGGCCAUGGCGCAUCUCGUUCUAAGCAAGAUAAAAGUUAUAACGUGAACAAGUUUUCUUUACGCAAGAAUGGAAACAAACAGGAGAAGAAAAGGGUUGAAAAUAGUAGUAGAAAAAGAUGAAGUUUGGCAUGUUCAUCACCAUAUAUGCUGCUAUUAGUUUUGUUCAAAGUAGUGCAAGGUUCGUAAUUAAUAUUUACUGAGGGGACACGUGAGAACAACAAUUAAUGUAUGUUAAUUACUUUCCAGAUCUCCUUU